UCUCGCACUCCACCGCAAGUAGCCGCCCACUGUGGAACUCCUCGUUCACUGGAAGUUAGGAAACCAGCAGAGACACAGCCAACAUGCCCGCUGACCUGAACGGAUAUUGGAAAAUGAUUUCCAAUGAUAACUUCGAGGAGUACCUGAAGGCUCUCGAUGUAAAUGUCGCCAUCAGGAAAAUAGCAACCCUGCUGAAGCCCGACAAGGACAUUGUCCACGAUGGGGACCACAUAAUCAUCAAGACCCUCAGCACCUUCAAGAACUACAACAUGGACUUCUACGUGGGCAAAGAGUUCGAGGAGGAUCUGUCUGGAGUGGAUGACAGGAAAUGCACGACCACUAUCACUUGGGAGGGAGACAAGCUGGUGUGUGUGCAGAAGGGAGAGAUUGAAGGAAGAGGCUGGACCCACUGGGUGGACGGAGAUGAGCUUCAUUUGGAGCUUAGAGCUGCAGGAGUUGUUUGCAAGCAGGUCUUCAAGAAGACCUAAGCUGGCUCUUUUUGAAUGAGGUGGUGCCCCCAGGCUGACGUUGGCUCACAGAGACACACCAGACACAUCCCAUGUCUCUGACAUACCAUCCAUCUUCCCUCUGGUCCAUUUCUACAUCUCUCCAUGGUAUCUAUGUACCAAUCUCAUAUGUAUUACUUGGUUAUAAAUGCUGUUUUUACUAGAGAUACAUUUAUAUUCCAUCUGCCAAAGCCACUUUCAUAUACAUUAUAGUAAGGUUAGGUCACGUAACGUAAUUUCCCCAAGGGAGUCAUCCCAAAGGGAUCAAUAAAGUCCGUCUAAGUCUAAGUCUAAGUCAGCAUGUUUAUCAUGUAAAAUCACAAAAAGCAAUCUCACAUAUCUGUCUCAGGGUGGGUGUUCCUUCAUUUAACGUGUUCAGAUGUGUUGGAUGCAUGCAUACUACUGCUGUAGUAGUAUGCAUGCAUCCAAAAGCUGAUCUGAUGGGUGAGUCACACUGACAACAACACACACUGAAAUGACCAGUGGGAAAGUUAUGGAUGCAGUGAAAAGAAGAGAACAGUGAUGUAUAAAGUUACACGGGUCAGUCCCUUUUUAGUUCUCUGAAUGAUUGUUGUGACUGGAAAAUGAUGAUCUGAGUUUGGUUAUGGACUGUAAACUUCUUGGCUGCUGAUGCUUAGUCUCCAGGUAUGAUAUAUAUAUAUCCAAUAUGAUGUGUGUAUAUAUCCCUCCCAAAUCCAUUGGGACUGUGCAAUUGAUAGUAAAAUGAAUCAAUCAAUAAAUGAAACAAUGCUCAACAA